GUGGGCUUCCCCUCAGGAUAGAGCACACAGACACACCAGCGUGCACCGGACGGACCGGAGCUGGAAUUGGACGCACAGCCCAGCAUCUUACGGGAACUUCACAGAGAGCGUCCAGGAUGUCAGUGUCGCUCUGGUGCAAGGAGGAGCAGGAGGAUGCCAUGCCAAGGGCGCCCUGGGACCCCCACGCCAGCGGGGAGCGUGUGCUGGGGAUGCUGCUGCAGGUAGAGCAGCGAUACUCACCGUCGGCCCUCUACGUGAACCUCACUCAAAGACAGCCUCAGCAGAGGGAACAGCUGGCCAAGUGGGCACUGGAGGUGUGCUGUGAGUCCAGCUGUGAGGAACGCGUCUUCCCCCUAGCCGUGACCCUGCUAGACCGCUUCCUAUCAACCUCCCUGGCCCUGCCGCCCUCACCGCUUUGCCUGGCCGCAGCCUGCGUCCUGCUCGCCUCUAAGCUGCAGCAGAGUGAGCCGCUGGGUGCUCAUGCACUCUGUGCCGCCGCCCCUGGCGCCUUCCUGCCCCAGAACCUGCGGGAGAUGGAGCGGGUUGUCUUAGCAACACUACAAUGGGAUGUUGCUGCCAUUACUCCCCAGGACUUCUUCCCACACUUGCUACCUGCUCCCACGGAGAAAGGAGCUGGCACUGCAGACGCAGAGGCGUUUCUGUCUACCCUCCGUCGUCAUGGUGACACCCUGGUCGCCAUGUGCGUCUGUGAUGCCCGCUUCCUGGGGAUGCCGCCGUCUCUGGUUGCCGCGGCAGCACUGAACUCUGCCUUCCGAGGUCUGGAUGACAGGGGUCCUCAGCUAGGGGACAUGCCAAAAACACUGGCCGCACACUGUCGUAUUAACUUGGCUGUACUGCAGUACUACACAGACAUGAUAGAGGGCGCACUUUCAGAGCGACUGAGGGCCGGACAAACGCAGCAAGAGAAGCAACACAAGGCAGAGAAGGACGGAGACAUAGAGGAGGAGAGAGCCAGCACCCCAACUGACCUGCAAGACGUUGAUUUUUAAAGAAUGAGAAGCAGCAGAAAUUUUCAUUCAAAUCAAACUGCAUCAAAAUAACCAGUUAAAACUGAUUUAACUAAAACGUCAAAUCUAGGUAUUUUUAUAUUUAAUGUAUUAUUUAUUUAUUUAUGGUCUAUUCGUACUUCUGUUUAAUUUUAUCUUAGAAUGUUUUAUGUCAUAUUGUUUUGGUCUUUGCUACAAUCUUACAAACAUUUUAUUUAAGAUAUUUAUAUAUUUAAUUAUGGUGUUUAUUUUAUUUGUCCUAAUUUAUUCGUAUGUGUAUAUAAUCACUGAAUUUUGCAUGUUAUAUUGUUGUAAAAUGUGUUGUUUGAGACAAUGAAUGACUUUUUCCAUUUUUUAAGAAUAUCCCAAAUUAGUGUUUAAUUACUCUUCACAUUGAAGACAAUAACUGUCCAUGUUUCAAAUGAUAUUUUGCAUACUUGUUUUAUAAAACAGAAAAGUGGUUCUUCUUUACGUUGUCCUUGACUGAAUUAUCAUUGAAAACACCAGAAUAUCACACGG